AUGUUAGAUUGUUGUCGAUACCAUUAUAGAAAUAAUCCGUCACAAUUAAGACUAAUCGAUGAAUUCGACGAACGGUACAAAUCAGAGCAUGCAAUAUCUUGGUACACUCGUGAUUCAUUUCUCUAUCGUAUUAUUAAUAAAGCGCUACGUACUGAAAAUAUUGAUGCGCUUAUCAGGCUAAGAUAUUUUAUUAUUGAUGUAUGCACCAUGUUGAAAUUAAAACAUGAUGAACAGCAACAGCAACAACAAAAAUCAAAAGUAUAUCGUGGAUUAAAACUAACCGACGCUGAGAUUGAACAAUUAAAAUUAAAUAUAGGACGUAUUAUAUCAAGAAAUGGCUUCUUGUCAACUACUCCGUCAUCUACUAUCGCUGAAAUGUUUGCGGCAAAUGUUAUAUUUGAAAUUGAAAUAAACAAAUUAUUAUCAGAACAAAAUAAUAUUAUUUAUGCUGACAUAUCAAGUUUAAGUUAUAUGCAAGAUGAAGAAGAAAUAUUAUUCGAUUUGGGUACGAUAUUUCGUGUUAUUAGCGUGACUUAUAGUGAUAAUCGUCGUUUAUGGAUUGUAUCAUUGGUAACUAUUGCCGAUGAUGAUGAUGAUGUAUAG